UAUUAUGGUAAUAGGGAGACGGGAGGUGUGUGGCAGGUAGUGUGGCUCCCAGCAUGGCAUGGCUGGCGUCACUCUGGCCAGUGUUUGACUACCGGCCACUCAUUCACUUGGUUAAGGCCGCCACCUCUCACAAUUUCCGCCCGGACUUCCGCUCACCACUUUCUUCAGUGUUCAUUACCGGGAGAGCAGCUACUGACACUCUCAUCUUCCUCCGUUCAGCCCUAACAGGAGGGCCAGAGAGAAAGAUAAAGGAGGCGUUGAAGAACUUUCUUUCAGAAAGAUAACGCAAUUGUUUAAAGUUUAAGAAAAAUAAAGGUGAAUGGACUAUAUAUGCCUUGGAAAUAUAGUUAAAUCUUCAUGUGAAACUUCAACUAACAUGCAUAAACAAUAAAAAUAUAGUAAAUGAAAAUACUUAUAAGUGGACAGAUUACCUUAAAGGUUUCAUUUAUUGCUCUUUUUGACACUUUGGAGACGCAACUCUUCUCAUAUUGAGUCACGGGGCUACAACUCAGCUUCGAGUCAUCAACGUUAAGAAUAUAUGGUAGAGUAGCAAUAUUGUCGCACCGGGCUUGUGUAUCCCAGGACGACUUCGACUGGACUAUCCAUCAAGCCUGUCUGAAUUACGCCAGGGACCGUAGAGCGGUGACCUUUCCUUUGGAGCUGAACCUUCCUGUGUUAUGGUCGAUACUAGCGAGCGUAUAAACAGUGCUAUAAGCUGUGUAAACGCUGCCAGUGGGCUGUGUAAACUCUCAGUGUUAUACACUGACAAGGGCUGUUAAACGUUAAUAUUAGCUGAGUAAAAUCUAGUAGUGUGUAUAUUCUUCCUGUACCAGAGGCUCUGUAAAAAUUAAGUGUCUGCGUAUCCUGUAUCACUGCAAAGGCAGACUGUGGCAUUACCAACACAAACGAUGCCACCUUUCGCAGAAAUCGUAUCCAUCAACUGCAAAAACGAUAUCCGGCUCUUGUAAGCGAGAUAACGAUUCUCUUUAUGACAGUUAACGAUAGACACGGCCCAGAUGACUGCAUUAAUGACUAUACACACAACACCAGUGUCAGCAACACAGUAUUUCUGAACGUCUGGACUAUGAUCGUAGUGAAGGUUCUACAUUAGUUUCAACAUUGUUCUUGCCAGCUCUUGAACGUGAACCCAAAACUCUCGAAAAUCUAAACAUGUCUUUGUAUUUCGAUAAUCCUUCGUCAAAAAAGCAAAUUAAAAUAUAGAAAUGUUGUUGCAACAUGGUGCUGUAAAUUCAGUAUUACUGAAAUAAAUUCAGUGAGAAUCUGUUGGUACAAAUUUUUAUAUUAAAUGUAGCCCCGUCAACUCAUGGUCUAAAAACUGUAAACAUGAGAUAAAAACUUUAAGCACGUAUAAAUUUUACCUCUGAAAUUAUUUAUCCAAGAAAGUAUAACCAUAAGAGCUCUCUGAGACACAGUCGAGAAACAGUAUUGAAUGAAACGCCAACAAAUGCUACUAGAUAAAUAAAAUAAAAUUACAUUAAAUUUCUAUCAAUGACGGGGUCAAGAUGGAGACUCCAUCAGCAUUAGAAGCCGUGCAGUGAGCGCAACAUUUAGCAGGUUUGGUGCAGGAUGGAGCGCUACGAGAGCCUGGGCGUGGUGGGCGAGGGUUCCUACGGCCUGGUGCUUCGUUGCCGACACAAGGAGUCAGGCCAGACGGUGGCUAUCAAGAAGUUCUUGGAGAGCGAAGAUGAUCACACCGUCAAGAAGAUUGCUCUCCGGGAGGUUCGCAUGCUCAAGAUUAGUGUUAGCCAGCGCAUGUUUUUUGAUUCUGGUGUUGGUGUGGAGGGUCAAGGGAACGACAAAGGCCGGAAAUCUCCCGUCAGCAUCUGGGGUGCCAGCCUUAAAAACCGAGGUCAGGGUCUGUGCAUUCAGGGCCAGGGCCAGGCAUCAGGGCAGGGUCAGAGCCACUGGGAAGACGACGAUCACUUUGGCUUUGGCCUCACCUUAGAUGGUCCUCCGUCGAUAAUCUCAGGCAUCCGUCACCACACUAGUGACUUAUCCCGAUCUUCAGACACGAGUCGGACAAUGGACCUGUCCCGCCACCCGUAUACCAUCAGCCUCGACCGCACGAAGGAGCUGGUGGCAAGAGAGCCCAGGGAGAACACAACCAAUAGAGACACCCACGUCAGGGAGUACACGAGAGACCCACUCAAGGAGAUCAAGGAUAAUCCCAGAGACCCAUUAGGACACAGAGACUUGAGGGAUUCUACGAGACGACCAAAACUAGAAGUUAUGGGAUGGGCCAAGCCGCGCCUUCUUAAUGAUGACCUCUCUCUUCCCAACGUCCCUGGAGUUUCCUCGGCUGUAAACACCGGGAGCAGCAGCAGUCCUAAGAAGAAUGGAAGUGAAAGUGUGGGUCACAUCAGGUCUCGCCGUGCUGCUGGGGUCACCAUGCCGAGCCUGGGGAACCUACACCGGAGCUCCGCCAACUCGAUCGAAUCCAGUUCGCCUUCUCCGCUCGCCAAUCUGCCGUAUGUCUGACAAUGUCGCCCCAAUCUUGGAAAAGCUCGCCCUUUGCGUGACCAAGGAACAUCGUUUGUAGAUAAACUCCCACCAUGUGUAAACAGAUUUGUUCCAUGUGUGGAUAAGUACGUUCCCGGGAUGGAUAAGUAUGUCCCGUGUGUGGAUAGGUAUGCUCCUUGCGUGGAUAAGUACAUUCCAUCUGUGGACAAGUUAGCCACGAGAGAGGAAAAGUUAUCCCAGAGGGUGGAUAAGCUUGCCAGAGGUGUAGAUAAAGUCACUCAAUACAAAUAGCAUGUUCGCCUUAUAUGUAGACAAGCUGAUCAUACAUUCUGUAGAGCUCACUCUCAUGUGUAGACAAGCUGGUCCUACACUCUCUAGAUGUCUCCCUCAUGUGUAGACAAGCUGGUCCUACACUCUCUAGAUGUCUCCCUCAUGUGUAGACAAGCUGGUCCUACACUCUCUAGAUGUCUCCCUCAUGUCUAUAUAAACUGAAUCUACGCCAGGAAGAACCUCCCAGAUGUGUAAACAACCUGGUCCUAUGCUCUGUGGAGCUCGCCCUAGGCGUAUGCAGGCCAGACCUACACUCGGAAAAGCUCAUCCCAUGCGUAAAGAAACUCUUAAUUGUGUAAGAAGAAUCCUGUAUUAAUUGGGCAUAUUCGUGUGUUUUAUUUUUGCCCAUUUGUUGUCAUUACUGUAUUUCCUAUUUUGUUGUCAACCUAUCACUCGUCACAGUAUUUUUUCAAUCACUAAAUGUUAACAAGAAGAAAAAUUAUAGACAUAUGACUAUUUUUUAUAAUUCCUGCAAAGUGCCUGCAAGUCACAAGGAAGAAGAUGCAGUAGUGAUGUGUGAUAUAUCCACAGGAACAUUCGAAAAUAAUCAUUUUCUCUGCCAUACUUCAGGCCAUAGCACGAGUGUCAUUAUUUUAGUGUUACAAGAUAUUUUUGGGUGUGAGUGGAAUCACAGGCAUAGUGCCAGGUAAGUUUGAAUCACUGUUUCAGUGUUCUGUAAGGUUUGUUCUUCUGCCUAUAUCAUAAAAUAUGAUCCGUUGUUUCAGUGUUAUAUUGGUAUGUUCUUCUGCCUACAAGAUUAACCUCAGGCAUUAUUCCAUGAGAAAGUAUGGAGCUCUAGUGACCCUGUUAAAAUAACCUUUCCAUUACUACCAUACAUUUUGAAAAGCCACUUCGUUAUAAACCAUUUCUAAAUGUUAUAAACCAUUUCUAAAUGUGCAGAUUUGUGCAGAUUUAGAAGUGUGCAUUCCAAGUAAAAUCUGCUAGUAUACUGUACGAAGAUGAGCAAGACGCAUAUACGAUGUUCAGUAAUGAAAAUUUACAGUGUACGAUUAUAUAGUAUUCUAAACAGUGAGGCCAAGAAUAAAUCAAAUUCACUUAGUAGUAUGGAUCUGCCUGUAAAAAACAUCUAUAUGAAUUUCGAAAACUGGGGAAGGGCCAGGGAAGAUUAAUUAUCCCUGGCACAGUGGAUAGUUAGUGUCGCAGAAAUGUUUACUAGAGUCCCUGUCCCUGAUUUGCUUAUGUACCUUGAAGAGGAGCUAGAAAAUCUCUUGAUGCCGUCAAAAAAGUAUUAUAAUACAAAUCUAUAAUUUCUUUGAUGUAUAUUUGAUGACAACAGUCAUUGUGUAUUCCAUUUGUUGCUCAAGCUGGUAAUGUCGGUUUCAAUUCGCACAAAAUUUUUACAAAUUUCUUCCUUCUUGAUCUGCUCAACCUGGCAUGGCAGCAGUAAUGCAUAAUCAAAGUUUUCCUUUCUCAGGAAGAGAAAACCAAAGAAUAUUUUGAACGUCUAAGAUAAUUUAUUCACAACAAAACAUUAAAAUAAAUAAUACGUUAGCACAGUCUAUUUACUUGAGUGUCUGAAGUCAGUUAUGAGGAUGAAUAAUAAAGACGAGACACAGGUACUGAACACGUUAUCAUCGUGACAAUGUUGCUAUUAUUGUGACUCUGUUGCGCUCUGUGUAGAGCUUUUUUAUCAGUGACUUGAUAAAUUUACUUAGAGCAAAACAGUAACCCAUUAAAUUCUAUUUCUAUACCUCUGUCUGUUUUUUAUUACUGUCAGCAGUACACUUUUGUAUUUAGUAUGACGAUGAAGUUUUUGAAGUAUGAUCAGACACGGAUAAAUAUGUAUGUAAAUUCAUCCGAAAGUUGUGUCUAAAUGAAUUUCAUUGAUGAACCCCUAAUUACUUUGUUAUUUGCUUGAAGUAAAAGCCCCUAAAGUCUAAUUAACAGCCAAAGGCUGACAAAUUUUUUUUUUCAGAAUUGUAAUAUUCAUAGCACAAGACAACUCUUGUUGCUGAACGCAAAUGUGGAUUGUGUUGCAUUGUUUCGUGGAUUAUUCAGCAGUGGAGGUUCGAUUUUAUGUUCUCUGCUCAAGUUCUGAUCUUUGACAAAUCAAUGUUGGUUGAGAUAUUCAUGUAUACAACUGGCCAAUAUUUUGUGUGAAAUAUGUGGCGAUUAUUCAUGUGAUUUUGCUAGGCCCGAAAAUAUGACAGAUCUUUUCAUGGACCUUCGUAGAAAACUGUGUAUUUGUGACGAUUCCAAAUUUUAAUACCUUGAGUAAAAACAUCGAACCUCUGCUAAACAUAUGUCAUCGGAACUUUCUCAAACUUUGAGGGAGAUCAUUGACCAACACAAUGCAUAGCAGAGACCUCCAUGGUGUAAAGUCAUUUAUAUCAAAGAAGAAGCUUUUAUUUCGCAAUAUUUCCCUCUCUAGAGGCUUUAUAAAGUACAAGGAUUACACAUAACCGUGAGGUAACGUGAGGUAUUAAAAUUACUGAUGGUAGACAGAACAGACAAGUUAAUGACAAAAACAAAAGUGCAUCACUUAGGUACCAUCAUUGCUGACACGUUUUCUCUGCACAAUAGCUUCCUCAGUUGAAUAUAACGAAUAUAACACAACCUGAGGGACACAUCGCUUCAAAACUAUUGCUACUGCUAUAUUUUCUUUGUCUCCAGUGUUAUAUUCGCUGGAGUAAUAGUAAUAAAAUAAAAAUUGAUGGACUGAUUACUUCAUCUUUAUUUCACUACCACACCUGCUGCCUCUGUACUUGACUGAAGAAGCCUGGUGUGUAGGUGAAACGUUUCGUCAAUAAAGAUACCCAACUGUUGGACAUGUAUCUUAAUCUUCAACUAUUUAGGACAUUGCCGUAAUUAUUAUUAUUAUUAUUAUUAUUAUUAUUAUUAUUAUUAUUAUUAUUAUUAUUAUUAUUAUUAUUAUUAUUAUUAGUCAGGGAGAAUUAAAUCUGUAAGGAUCACACAUUACGUGAGGACUGGAAAGCUACUAGGGUUUUCCAGGAAGAAGUGUAGGGUAGCUUCAGUUCCUUGCAUCAAGAUACCAUCAUCAUCAUCACGAGAAGAGCAUCUCAGCUUCCUCCUUGAUGGGUACAGAUGCUGUGCGCUUCAUCCUACACGGAAGCACUCGGAAACCUUAUUUAUAUCACUUCUUAUAACUAUUACAUAGUAAUUUGGUAACUUUCCAGUCAUCUUAUGAAACCUUACAUGUAAUAUUCUACCUUCUUUCAGUUUCUGGAACUAUAUAGACAAUUACCUUUUUUCGUUCUAUUUACGGCAAUUUCUUGGUAAUUUUUCUAUUUUUACCCUCUUCAGCAUCCUAAUAAUUUGCUAUAUUAACCUUCCGAAUAUAGAACUUUUGACCAAGAUAAACGACUGUCAUUAAUGAACACAGGAAUGGACGGUGACUCGACCCGAGGUUCACGCACAUCACAAGAUGAUUACAGCGGUGGGACUAGUAUAUGCAUGAACUACGAUUAAAAUCCCGUCCAUUCUUUCUCCUUAUUGUUGUAGCACUAUAUUGAUAAUUUCACGGUAACGUGACAGUUAGGGGGGAAGAAGUUUGGAAACAGCAUAGUGGCGUGUGCUGCUCCAUCAGCAUAGUGGCGUGUGCUGCCCUAUCAGCAUAGUGGUGUGUACGGCCCCAUCAGCAUAGUGGUGUGUGCUGCCCCAUCAGCAUAGUGGCGUGCACUGCUCCAUCAGCAUAGCGGUGUGUACUACCCCAUCAGCAUAGUGGCGUGUGCUGCUCCAUCAGCAUAGCGGUGCGUUCUGCUCCAUCAGCAUAGUGGCGUGUGCUACCCUAUCAGCCUAGUGGUGUGUACGGCCCCAUCAGCAUAGUGGCGUGUGCUGCUCCAUCCGCAUAGCGGUGUGUACUGCCCCAUCAGCAUAGUGGCGUGUACUGCCCCAUCAGCAUAGUGGCGUGUACUACCCCAUCAGCAUAGUGGCGUGUACUGCCCCAUCAGCAUAGUGGUGUGUACUGCCCCAUCAGCAUAGUGGCGUGUACUGCCCCAUCAGCAUAGUGGCGUGUACUGCCCCAUCAGCAUAGUGGCGUGUGCUGCCCCAUCAGCAUAGUGGCGUGCACUGCUCCAUCAGCAUAGCGGUGUGUACUGCCCCAUCAGCAUAGUGGCGUGUACUGCCCCAUCAGCAUAGUGGCGUGUACUGCCCCAUCAGCAUAGUGGCGUGUACUGCCCCAUCAGCAUAGUGGCGUGUACUGCCCCAUCAGCAUAGUGGCGUGUACUGCCCCAUCAGCAUAGUGGUGUGUACUGCCCCAUCAGCAUAGUGGCGUGUACUGCCCCAUCAGCAAUAAAGGAAUAUUGUUUUUAACAAAGCCGUUUUAAAUGUAGUGUUUUGAUGCUGUUGAAGUUCCCUCGAUCUAAGAAAUUAAAGUUGUGCUCCCUUUCCUAAAGUCAAACCUGUUUACUUCUAAAUUUCCUAGGCUCUUUAUUACCCUUAAGGACUUAGAUCUCCAUGAAUGUAAUAAUAAUAAUAAUAGUAACAGCAAUUUGGGCCUGGGAUCAUCUGAAGGUCAUAUCUGCUGUUUUUACCUAUUUUAUUUAGGAUACAUUUUGUCCACAUGAAGCUUUAUCAAGGCUCGAAAAAGGACAGAACAGUGUGUGUGUGUGUGUGUGUGUGUGUGUGUGUGUGUGUGUGUACUCACCUAGUUGAGGUUACAGGGGUCGAGUCCAAGUUCCUGGCCCCGCCUCUUCACUGGUGUGUGUGUGUGUGUGUGUGUGUGAAAUUUAGUAGGUAUUUCAGUUCAAUGGAGCCAUUAUCAAGUGGUAAGUGAUAAGAUGAAUGAUCUAUAUUAUCAGAACCAUAGGGAAGUUGAUGAUGCUGGCACCAGGUCCUCAAUAUUAGUUAGAAUUCACGCGUCACUAUGGUGUUCUCAAGUAUCUUUCGCCUGAGCCAUAAACCGAGAUUCGAUGAUAAGUUAGCUGCGCUAACCAUGAACGCACAGUUCUGCUGUGAGCCACAGUAAACUAUGUUGUAUUAUGUAUAGAAAAUAUACCUCAUUUCUUCUUAUACACAAAAGUAUUCAAUGUCAAAGUAUGACUGAAUAUGUGAGAUUCAUUUCAUACAUACUGAUGCCGUGAAGUACAAAAUUUGUAAAUGCAUUUGAAGUGUUUUGUGUGGUCAGAAACGUCUCUUGUGUUCUCUAUCCCGUGGAUGCGGCAACACGUCGCUCCGUCCCUUGCAUGCGGCAACACGUCGCUCCGUCCCUAGUAUGCAUCAAUACGUCACUCCGUCCAUUGUCUUUUCCAGUCAUCAAGCUUCUUGUUGCAAAUUGACACGUAUUGCAAGUUCGAUGUUAUUGUAACUCAUCUGAGCUGCCAUAUUGCAUGAGUUAAUGUACUGCGGAAGUUACAGUACCUCACAUAGUUUCCUGUACCGUGCAUAUGCUCCUUCACAUGACUGUAUCUCACAUGGGUUUUCUGUACCUUACAGGGUUCCUAAAACCCACAUAACCUGCAGUACAUCACUUGGUUUAACGGUUUACUACAAGUUCCAUGUGUCACUGUGUUCAGUGUAUCAUUUACAUGUGUCAUCGUCACUCAUUCACUGAAAAUUUCCUCUGUCAAAUUUGCACUUGUCAAAAAUGACUAGAUAACCUACCGAAA